AUGAAUCUUCAGAAGCAAACUCCUAGUGACUUCUUAAUUCAAAUCAUCAGACAGGCAGUUGUGGUAAAAUUAAAUUCUGGAGUGGAGUAUCAAGGGGUCUCGGUUUGCCUGGAUGGGUACAUGAAUAUUGUCCUGGAGCACACAGAAAAAUAUGUGAAUGGCCAACAGAAGAAUAAGGAAGGAGAUGCAUUUAUCCAAGGAAACAAUGUGUUAUACAUCAGCACACAGAAGAGAAGGAUGUGA